GCCUCAAAAUCAUCAAGUCAGGACACCAUAUUCAGUGUUUUGUGUUUACAAUGUCGUGUUUAGUAUUUUUCUUGUACAGUAUCAGUUUUUUGAGCGAAAGAUAGCCUUUGGCUUUGGGUUAGGGAGCUUUUUUUCCUCGCGUAAUAACCAAAAUUUUGAGGUGUGCAAAGUUUCAUCAUGGCUGCCGACCGACGUGUUGCCGAAGGUCUAGAGCACAUAAAAGAAGCAGAAAAAUGUAUGAAAACGUCCUUCUUCAAGUGGAAGGCCGACUACGACGGCGCGGCGUCUGCUUACACAAAAGCAGGUACGUGUUUCAGGACGGCAAAGUCCUACGACCAAGCCAGGCAAGCAUUCCUAAAAGCGGCCGAGUGCAACGCCCAGAAUAACGUCAUGUUCCACGCAGGGAAGGCCUACGAGCAGGCAGGGAUGAUGUGCAAGGAACUAAACGACUUGAACCGAGCUGCCCAGCUCAUCGAGAAGGCGGGACACCUGUACAGAGAGCACGGGGUACCAGACACCGCGGCGUCUACAUUUGACAGGCUAGCCAAGCUUCUCGAGCCUACCAACCCACAGAAGUCCGUGGACUACUACAUGAUAGGCAGUGAUAUAACUGAGUGUGAGGACAGACCCAGACAAGCAGCCGACUUCCAGAAGAAAGCCGCCAAGCUUCUGGUAAGGAUGGGGAACUAUGACAGAGCAGUCGAGGUCCUCCAGGUCGAGAAGAAGUUCCAGAUCGAAGGAGAGAACGGACCAGAAGUUAGCAGGGUGACGGUAGAGUUGGUGCUGUGUCACCUGGCGAGAGGCGACUUUGUGGCAGCCGAUAAGGCGUACAAAGAUGCGUACGGCAUCCCGGGGUUCCCUGAAAGCGAUCACUGUCGGGACUUGGCCGAGUUGUUGGAUGCGUAUGACGAAAACGACCAGGAACGACUAUCUUCCGUCGCGGCUAGACCGAUGUUCAAGUUCAUGGACAACGAUUACGCCAAGUUGGCCCGUGGGUUACAGGCACCGGGGGGUGGGGAAGGGGGUAAGAAGAAGAAGGUAGAGUUAUUAGAUGAGGGAAUCGAAGGAGGAAUGGAAAAGGGACAACUAGAAAACCAGGAGGACGGGGCUGAUGAGGAAGAUGAGUUUGCUGGAGGACUAUGUUGAUCUUAAGUUUUUAGAAAUCAUAAAUGAAGCCACCUUGUUUUUACAGUUAACAUGUUACAUUAUAAUUUUAGACCGAUCCUGACUGUCCAUCACAUUAGCAGUUCAACCAAUAAGAGAAUGGCAAUUAGCAUUUCAA